AUGGUGCCAUCGCCCCUCGACAGCUGGGGAGCUGAAGAGGCUGGCGACCAGACUCGCUUUGCUAAAUUUGCUAGUGGUCAAUUUGAUACCAAACAGAUAGCCUUCCGAGGGAUGUAUGGGAAAAGUACAGACAACGGUGUGCAAACCACUAUAUUCUUGCCUAAUAACGGUGGGGUAGCUCACAUCGACGUUGAGGCUGACAACUCUCGCGAGGACGUAAACACUUCGCGAAAGUAUUGUGUCGCUGGCUCACUAGAUGUAGGUAGAAACACCUUUUAUGACCUGAUGAACGCCAUUCCUACGGUGACCGAUGGCAGGAGCACGUUUGAAAAGGCUAUAGACGUCUCAGAGGCAGACCUAGGUGAUCGAAGUGGAUGGUGUACUACCAGUAUCGGUACACACAGAAUGUUCGAGUGGGAACCCAAUCACAUCGUAGUGCAAGGUUCUGAACAGAAUCAUUCUGGAUUUCGAUCCGUCAAAAGUAUGGAUCAUGGUGGAAUUCCCUUUCGCCUUGCCGAUACCAACUGGAGAGCGGAUGUAACAACAUGGGAAGGAGCUGCUGAAAUUCUUACUCCCGUGUCAAAGUCGUAA